UUUUAAGUGACGUAAUGAUUUAUUCAGUUUGUCUUGGGCUGUAAGAUGGAGAACCGCAGCUCUGUAAUGAAAGUUUUGCUUCUCACAUUUUCUGUUCAUCUUUCAUCAGCAGACACACACAUUCUGCAGUUCUUGUACACUGGAAUCACACCAGGAAUAAAUUUCCCAGAAUUCACUGCUAUUACUCUGGUGGAUGGAGAACAGGCUGAGUACUAUGACAGCAACAUAAAGACGGUGAUCCCAAAGACGGAGUGGAUAAAGAAGAUUGAUUCAAAUUACUGGAAAAGUGAGACAGAGACUUGGCAGGAAGAACAGGAAUGGUUCAAAGAAGAUGUGAAAACAUUAAUGCAGUGCUUCAAUCAGAGUAAAGGCAUUCACACUGUGCAGUUAAUGUUUGGCUGUGAGAUCGAUGAUGGCACCACUAGAGGCCACAGUCAGUAUGGUUAUGAUGGAGAAGAUCUCGUCAGUCUGGAUCUGGAAACUGAAACCUGGACUGAAGCGAAAUCUCAAGCCAUGAUCACUAUAAAUAAGUGGAAACCUACAGGACAUAAGGCUAAUCGCUGUACACACUACCUGAAAUAUGAGUGUAUCCAUUGGUUGAAGACGUUUGUGUCGUACCGCAGAGAGAUUCUGGACAGGAAAGUUCGUCCCGAGGUGUCAGUGUUCCAGAAAUACUCGUCUUAUCCAGAGGUGGUGUGUCAUGCUACAGGUUUCUUCCCCAAAGCAGUGAUGAUCACCUGGCAGAAGGAUGGAGAGGAUGUGCAUGAGGAUGUGGAGCUCAGAGAGACAUUACCCAACCAGGAUGGAAGCUUCCAGAAGAGAAGCAUUCUGAAAGUCCCAGCUGAGGAGCUGCAGAAUCAUAACUACACCUGUGUGGUUCAGCACAGCAGUUUGGAGAAGGAGUUAGUCCGAGACGUACCAAAAGGUAGCGGAUCAGGUGGAGGUGCAGACGGAAGGCAGAUUGGUGUCAUUGUCGGGGUCAUUGUUGCAGGUGUUCUAUUUCUCACCUGGAAGAAGAUCUCUGGUAAGUGGAGUAAGGAGGCAGAUGUUAAGUUUUUAGAGAACCGGUGUAGAGAUUUUUGUAUUUAUUUCCAAUCAGGCACUAAUCUGGUACUGACACAUCUUGUAAUGUUUAGUUCAGGUCUUCUGUAGGUCAACUACAGAACACAGAUUUUAUAAUAACUAUCUGUCCAUCAUCUGCCUUUCAGGCUUCAAACCUGUUCCACAAAACUCUACACUGUAAGUGAGCUUUUGAUAUUUUAAUUAUAUUUACAGUAAGAUGUAAUAAAUUGUGUAGUUGUAAUGUUUAGUCCAAAUAAUUUUAAUGUUUUACAGCCUCUAAAAGGAAUUCUUCCUGCAACAUCUCUUAAACUGUGGCUGUGUGACUUCCUGUUGGAGUGAGAAAGACAUGAUGUUUACAGUGUAAUGUGGAAUAAAAAUGUGUAUGGAGUGAAAAUCCAGUAGAAAAGCCUGUGCUAACAUAUAACCUCUAAACUGAUAUUUAAUAGAGAAGGAACACACACACACACACACACACACACACACACACACACAAAUA